GCGGAGGCAAGCUCACAGUGCGUGGAGAACGCGGUAGCGCGCGCGAGCGGGCUCUUAGUGCCCUCCCCAGUGACGUGCCUGGCCGAGGCCGCGCCAGGGCGCUGUUGCUGCCAGUACAGCUAUCAUGGCGUCCGAGGCGCUGGCUGCGGAGAACUGGCCGCGGUCUCCAUAAAGCGGGGGGCGGGCGGCCAGGUAUGGAGAGCAGCCCCGAGAGCUUGCAGCCGCUAGAACACGGGGUGGCGGCCGGGCCAGCGUCAAGGAUAGGUUCUUCGCAGGAAGGGCUUCAGGAGACCAGGCUCGCCGCUGGGGAUGGUCCUGGAGUAUGGGCGGCGGAGAGCGGCGGCGGGAAUGGGCAGGGGGCGGCGGCCGCCAGGAGGAGCCUCCCGGACUCGGCUUCUCCCGCGGGCUGUCCUGAGGCUCCCGGACCCUGCAGCUCCGCCCCGGGUUUGGACUUGAAGGAUAGUGCUUUGGAGUGUCCUGCUGCCGCCGAGGUGCCUCUGAGAGGGCAGUACAAGGUGACCGCCUCCCCCGAGACAGCCGAGGCCAGAGUGGGUCAUGAGUUGGGUCCCGCUGGAGACGCGGGAGUCCGCCCGGAUCUCGCCAGCACCUGCCAAACAGAGCUGACGGCCGCCGGCUCCGAAGAACCCAGCAGCGCCGGCGGCCUCAGCAGCAGUUGCAGCGACCCAAGCCCUCCUGGGGAGUCGCCGAGCCUGGACUCUCUGGAGUCGUUCUCUAACCUGCAUUCUUUCCCCAGUAGCUGCGAGUUCAAUAGUGAGGAGGGAGCGGAGAACAGGGUCCCUGAGGAGGAGGAGGAGGGUGCGGCAGUGUUGCCCGGGGCUGUUCCUCUGUGCAAGGAGGAAGAGGAGGAGGAGGAGGAGGAGGAGAACGCUCAGGUGCUGGCGGCCUCCAAGGAACGCUUCCCGGGACAAUCUGUGUAUCACAUCAAGUGGAUCCAGUGGAAGGAAGAGAACACACCCAUCAUCACCCAGAAUGAGAAUGGACCCUGCCCCUUGCUGGCCAUCCUCAAUGUUUUGCUCCUGGCCUGGAAGGUGAAACUUCCACCAAUGAUGGAAAUCAUAACUGCUGAGCAGCUGAUGGAAUAUUUAGGAGAUUACAUGCUUGAUGCAAAGCCAAAAGAAAUUUCAGAAAUUCAACGUUUAAAUUAUGAACAGAAUAUGAGUGAUGCCAUGGCAAUUCUGCACAAAUUACAGACAGGCCUGGAUGUAAAUGUAAGAUUCACUGGUGUUCGAGUGUUUGAGUAUACACCGGAAUGCAUAGUAUUUGAUCUUCUUGAUAUUCCUUUGUACCAUGGGUGGUUAGUAGACCCUCAGAUUGAUGACAUUGUAAAAGCUGUUGGUAACUGCAGCUACAAUCAACUAGUGGAGAAGAUCAUCUCUUGUAAGCAGUCAGACAAUAGUGAGCUGGUUAGUGAAGGCUUUGUAGCUGAGCAGUUUCUAAAUAACACAGCCACUCAACUGACAUACCAUGGAUUAUGUGAACUAACUUCAACGGUUCAGGAAGGAGAACUUUGCGUGUUCUUUCGGAAUAAUCAUUUUAGCACCAUGACCAAAUACAAGGGUCAACUGUAUUUGUUGGUAACGGACCAGGGAUUUCUCACUGAAGAAAAAGUUGUUUGGGAAAGCCUACACAAUGUAGAUGGUGAUGGAAAUUUCUGUGACUCAGAAUUUCAUCUUCGGCCUCCUUCAGAUCCUGAAACUGUAUACAAAGGACAACAAGAUCAGAUAGAUCAGGAUUAUCUUAUGGCAUUAUCUCUACAACAAGAACAGCAGAGCCAAGAGAUCAAUUGGGAACAAAUCCCAGAAGGAAUCAGUGAUUUGGAACUAGCAAAGAAACUUCAAGAGGAAGAGGACAGACGGGCUUCUCAAUACUAUCAGGAACAGGAACAAGCAGCAGCAUCUGCUGCUGCUGCUUCUACACAGGCUCAGCAGGGCCAGCCAACACAAGCCUCGCCAUCAAGUGGAAGACAGUCUGGGAGUAGUGAACGUAAAAGGAAGGAACCACGAGAAAAAGAUAAAGAAAAAGAAAAGGAAAAAAAUAGCUGUGUUAUUUUGUAACAAGUGUUGGCUUCUGUUGGAACCACCCUAUAUUUCUUGAUAAACAAAACCACAGGAGGAAAGGAAGAAAAUCGAUCAAUACCGUCUGUGCCUGAUUUCCCAAAGGAUUUUGUUCAUGUUUUUUCAGGGGAAAGUUGUUACUUAGUUACAAUCAGACUUUUUCAAGUCACACAAUACACUCUUUAUGAGCUGGAGUUUCAUGUUACAAGUUGGAAAUGCUGUGUGUUGUCAUUCAUAAAAAAUACUGCACUUGUAGCCAGAUAAGCAAAUCACAGCAAAUUUUGUGUCAUAGUGACAUUCAUAACUCAUCAGUUAGUAAGCUAUUAUAUCUUCUGUUCUAACAAUGAAUGGAGGUAAUUGAUUUAGUCUGAUUCCUUCCUGAAAUCUAAAUAUUAGCACAAUAGUUUCUGAAACUUUACACUGUUAAAUUAUGAUCUAAUCCAUGAGAAACCACGGGCUUAAUGUAGGGAUUCAAAAAAGCAAAAACAAAUAAAAUAAUAGGAAUAAAUAACCCUUAAUUGUAUAUUGGACUAGUUCAGCCCUUGAACAGCUUUACCUUUAUUUAGGAAUGUACAUUUUAGAUAUUAUCUUGAGAACUGAAAAUGGAGCUUAGAUUUAAUUUAGGUAGCGAAAAUAAAGAUUUGUAUUUCUUUUCCAGUAGCAAAAAGUUACAUAACACUAAUACUUAUAACCUAUCAAAAUCAGUAUAAAUGACUUUGUAGUGUUGUAAAAUUUUGAGGAAUUUUGGAGUCUUUAUCAUUGGUAACCUGGACCACAGUUACUAUUUAUUGACAAUGUGAUUAAGUGAGGGCAUGGAGGAAAGCACAGUGGAUGCUAGGCCUUGUAAAUAUGGGGAUGUAGAAAGCAGUUCAGUGUCUACCUUUUUCUAGAAUUACCUUGAACCUUAAAUUUUAAGUCACGUUCAUUGGUAGAAAAUUAAGUAUACUUAUUAAAAUCAAUGAUAAAGCACAUUUCUGAAAGGAAGUUAGAGAUAAUCUCUGUGUCUUGUGAAACGACAUUAAUAAAAAUCUGAGAGGGCCAGGCACAGUGGCUCCCAGCACUUUGGGGGGCUGAGAUGGGUGGAUCAUCUGAAGCCAGGAGUUUGAGAUCAGCCUGGCCAACAUGGUGAAACCCUGUCUCUCCUAAAAAUGCAAAAAUUAGCCAGGCCUGGUGGGAUGUGCUUGUAAUCCCAACUCCUUGGGAUGCUGAGGCAGGAGAAUCGCUUGAAUCUAGGAGUUGGAGGUUGCAGUGAGCUGAGAUCACACCACUGCCCUCCAGCCUGGGUGACCGAGCAAGACUUCAUCUUAAAAGAAAAAAAAAAAUCUGAUAGUAGCUAAGAAUUUUGGAGAAAUUUAUGUAAAAGCAAUCAGAGUUUUUAACUUAUGGGAACCAAAUAAAACUAUAACCUCUUAGAGUGUUUAUAGAACUCAGAAAUAAUAUUUAUUUAACUUUAUUAUGAGGCAAUGCAUAUUUUCCUGUAUUUCUAGAUAAUAGUUUGGAAAACUAUCCUUAAUAGUCCGUUUUAUAUGCCUUAUAUUUAAAAGUUUGUUUUAGUCAUUUUUGAAAGACUAUUGCUGCUGCAGAUAGUUGUAUUCUUUACAUUCUAAGCUUCAGUAAAUUUCUUUAUUUAAGAGCAUCAUAAUCUGACCUGAGCAUCCACUUGGAGAAUGUUUUUUUGUGUGUGUGGUCUAGCGUGACAAGAGACCACAAAAAUUUGUGGUCUAGAUUUUUUCAACUAUGUCAUUAACUUUAUGAUCCAAGAGCAGUUAUAGGACAAAUCUAUAUGUAAAAAUAAAGUCUUAUUUAUGGAAGGAAUUAUUCUAAGGGAAAAAUCCAGGGUCAAGCUGUAUCUUUUAUGUCCUCUAUAUUGCAUGUCUAUUCUGUUACACAAUUUGUUAUUUCUUCAAAUAUCCUGUGGUAGCAUGAUAAAUCAUCAAAGAACCUGUUUGGGAUAUAAAACUUUGAUAGAAAAUAUUUGAUGAGUAUCUUGAUAAUAACCUGGAAUAUGUAUACAUUAGUAAAAUAACCAGAUAUACUACAGAACUCUCUGUUGACUCAAACAGGUUGACCUCAGUCCAAGUUUACUCUUGAUAUCACUCUAUUGGCUGAAGGAGGAAACUCGAACUUCAGGGUUUGUUUUUCCCAGGAUAGAUAGUAGUGAUACUGCAUUGUAUUUUAAUAAGAAAAACAAACAAGUAAACCUUGAGAAAUUUUAAAAAGCAUAAUUGAGGCAUAUUUUUUCAUAGUUAUAUACUUAUCUAUUUAUUGCCCAUGGAAAAUAUAUGUGUAGAAGUAUUUCUUCUGUUAUUUGUUACUAUCUUCUUAAUUUGUUCCAAAGAUAAUACUGCCAUACUGCAUUCCCUCUGGAAGGAAACAAAACAAAACUCACUCAAAACCAGCAGUGCUGCUAUCAGAUAAGUAGAUGUCAUGUAUACUUACAAGGAAAAACUAAAAAAUUUAAUUUGUUAAUUCAGCCUUUUUCUAUGUAAUACUUCCAAGUCAGACUCUUACAUUCCUGGAAUUUAGUUGGAUAUAGCAAGAAUAAUAAUGAUAAAAUGUUUGCUUUGAUUACUGUUGGAGGCAGAAUGAAAUGUUCAGUUGUAUUAAAACAAAGUUUUCAGAGAUACUUAAUUCAUGUCCUUGAAGAUUGUAAAGAAUUUAGAUCAUGCCUAUAAUCCCAGCACUUAGGGAGGCUGAGGCAGGUAUAACACCUAAAAUCAGGAGUUUGAGACCAGCCUAGGCAACCUGUCUCUACUAGCAAACCUAGCGAAACCCUGUCUCUACUAAAAAUAGAAAAAUUAGCCAAGGGUAGUGGCAGAUACCUGUCAUCCCAGCUACUUGGAAGGCUGGGGCAGGAGAAUCACUUGAAACCAGGAGGCAGAGUUUGCAGUGAGCUGAGAUCAUGCCACUGCAUGCCAGCCUGGGCAACAGAGCAAGCAAGACUCCAUCU